GCACUCACACAAGCGCACGCGCUCACACACGGAGAAAAUCCUUUUGCCUGUUGAUUUAUGGAAACAAUUAUGAUUCUGCUGGGGGAUUUCUCAGCUGAGAAAUAGUUUGUAGCUACAGUAGAGAGGCUCAAGUUGCACGAGGCAGACAGCAGACACGGAACUCUUGUGUACCCAGCUGUUCCAAACAGAACAAAAGUCAAGGAGCAACCGCACUGCAGCAACUGGCCUUGUCACGACCUGUUUCUAUAAGGAUAUACCUAUCAGCUGUGUUCCUGAAGGAGGAAUCGUGUUAUUGGUAUCAGAAGCUAAAAGAUAAGGUUAACAGUUUGGAAAGAGCGACGACUUUUUCUCUCAUCAAUCUCCAGUUCACAAAUAGGAGGAGGCCCAUGACCUAGGAGUAGCAAUCAACGCAAGAUUCAAUUCUCAUUAUGUUAUUCAUGAACACCCGGGGCACUACACUAUAAUGCGCAAAUGGAUACUGACACGGAUCCUGCCAACUCUGCUCUACAGAUCAUGCUUCCACCUCGUCUGUCUAGUGGGCACUAUAUCUCUAGCUUGCAAUGACAUGAGUCCGGAGCAAACGGCUACGAGUGUGAACUGUUCCAGCCCCGAGCGACACACCAGAAGUUAUGACUACAUGGAAGGAGGGGAUAUAAGGGUGAGAAGACUGUUCUGUCGCACCCAGUGGUACCUGAGGAUUGACAAACGAGGCAAAGUGAAAGGGACCCAGGAGAUGAAGAACAGCUACAACAUCAUGGAAAUCAGGACCGUGGCAGUUGGAAUUGUGGCAAUCAAAGGGGUGGAAAGUGAAUACUAUCUUGCCAUGAACAAGGAAGGGAAACUCUAUGCAAAGAAAGAAUGCAAUGAGGAUUGCAACUUCAAAGAACUGAUUCUGGAAAACCAUUAUAACACCUAUGCAUCAGCUAAAUGGACACACAGCGGAGGGGAAAUGUUCGUUGCCUUAAAUCAAAAGGGGAUUCCUGUCAAAGGGAAGAAAACGAAGAAAGAACAAAAAACAGCCCAUUUUCUUCCUAUGGCAAUAACCUAAGUGUACAUGGUAUUUGAGAAACCAGUUUCAUUCAGCAGGGAGAUUUCUUUCCAGUGGACUUUUCUUCUCUCUCUCUCUCUCUCUCUCUCUCUCUCUCUCUCUCUCUCAGUAACCAAGAAAGGCUGGAAAACUACUGAAAACUGAUCAAGCUGGACUUGCGCAUUUUUGUUUAUUUUAAAAGACUGCAUUAAAGAAAGAUUUGAAGAAUAUACACAAAAAUCAGAUUUAGUAAAGGUUGUAAAAAGUUGUAAAAGUGGUUGUACAAUCAUGAUGUUAGUAACGUGAUAUUUUUCUUAAAUUAAUUUACCCUUAAGAGUAUGUUAGAUUUGACUAUCUGAUAAUGAAUAUUUAAUAUCACUAUCUGCUUAUAAAAUGGCUGCUAUAAUAAUAUUAAUAAUGCAGAUGAUGUUAUAUAAGGUAUGUCAGACCUAAAGGCUGCUGGGAUGCUUUGUCAGAUGAUCAAGCCCCACACAAACUACAGACGAUGAGCAGUGUUUGAAAGCUUUCCAGUGAGAACUAUAAUCCGGAAAAAUGAAUGUUUUCAACAUUUUAUUAUAGAAUAGAAUCUACAGGUGGUUUUACAAAAUCACAGGCUUGGAACAUGCCUGUACUGACUAAUAUGAACAAAAAUCCACUCAAAUUGAAAAGGUAUUGCUAACAGGAUGUUUUAAAAAUCUGUAUAUAAAAUAGCAAUAAUGAUGAUAAUAUUGUAUUUCAUCUCACCACAAAAUAAUAUUUUAUAAUCCCUUAAAAUAAAUUUCAGAAAUCUUUACAUUUUUUUCAAGUAAAUCUAUCUGUUGUAUAAAUCACAUUUGGGAACACAACUUUUAGUAAAUGCUCUUCCCACAAAUAAUCAUGCUUAUUUCCCUCUGUGAUUACAGCAUUAAACUCUACUUUAAGUUGUAUUUGAAUUUUAUUGUUUUGUUAUUUAAGUUUAUGUUAUUUAUAAAGAAAAAAACCUUAAGAAGCUGUAUCUGUUUCAUAUGCUUUUAAUUUCAAGGGAGCAACAAACCCGACUGGCUGCAGUGCAGAUGUCCCCUCCCCUGGUGGCUGACACCAUGACUAGCACACAACACUUGGCUAGCAAGUGCUGGAUGGCAGACAAAAACGACAGCCUGUAGCCAUGCUCACAAUAGAUGUCUCACAGAGAACAAUACAAAUAUGUGGGAGAGAUUUUACACAACGCUCGUGCCAAUGAAUUUGGAUCAUAUACGUAAAAAAGAAGUAUUUAGUGAGGAUGUAUUUUUGAAAAUAGGCAUAUUUAAAGUUAGCAAUUUGAUGUCUUUAGAAGUUUUUGCCAUACAAGAUAUGCCAACAUUGAAAUGGCAAGAGUGAAACUCCAAUAGAGGUUGUAGUCAGCCUUGAGGCCUCAGGUUGGGCCACAAAUGACAGGCUUAAUAAGUAGAUGAAUACUUACUCCAUAGUUCUGCAACCAGUAGAUGGAUGCUGACAUAAAUUUAUGAAUAAGUACUUAUGAAGGGAAGGGCAACAUUUAUUUAAAUUGUUGGUAUAUUAAUUAAUGCGGUAUCAACUUCAUAGUGCUUGUCAUUAAAGUUUCUUUAUAUUACAUACAACACUUUUUGGUAAUAUGUUUAUAUGUUAAGGUAUAUGAUAAAGCCUUGUC